AUGUUAGGCAAAACAAUAACAAUUGGAUGGAUUCUGCUAGCAAUCGUGUCAAAAAAUCAAAUCGAAUCAAAUAAUCAACUUCCAACACAAUCAACAGCAUCCGUUGCAACAGUAGCAACAACUGUAACUACUGUAACUACUGUAGCAACAGAAACAUCAACUUCAGCGCCAACGCAACCACCACCACCAACACCAGCUCCACCUCAAACUCCACCUCCGCCUCAAACUCAAGGACCAAUAAAUCCACUAGCUCAAGUUCAAACUACAACUUCUGCUGCCAAAAAAUUAAAUGGUAUCAAAAGAAGGUGAGGACAAGUGAUCUAUUUCCAAAAAUAAAACACUCAAUUUUUUGCAGAAAAGGAUUUGCUGUUCUUUUUGGAGCAAUGACUGGUGUUGUCGUUUUUCUCAAUUUGGUCUAUGUUGGAUUAUUUGUCUGGUUGUGUAUGGUUUUGAAAAAACAGAUUGCUUGA